AUGACCCAUGACCCCACAGGACCCAUGCCCCACGAGACUCAUGCCCUCCACGAGGCCCAUGCCCCCUCUGAGACCCAUGCCCCCAAACCCAUGCCCCCCCCCAUGCCCCACAGACCCAUGCCCCCGGACCCAUGCCCCCCACACCCAUGGCCCCACGAAACCCAUGCCCCCACAAGCUCAUGCGCCCCCAAAAUUUGCCCUCACCUCAUGCCCCCAGAGACCCAUGCCACCCAGGACCCAUGCCCCCACGAAACCCUGGCAAACCCAUGCCCCCACAGAGCUCAUGUGCCCCAGAAACUCAUGCCCCCACAGCCCAUGCGCCUCCAGAAACCUAUGCUCUCACGAGACCCAUGCCCCCCUCGAGACCCGUUCCCCACAACCCAUGCCCCACAGAUAUGCCCCCAGAGCCAGCCUUUGAAAUCUAUGCCCUCACGAGACCCAUGCCCCCUCAGACCCAUUCCCCCACAGGCCCAUGCCCCCCCCACGAGACCCAUGCCCACGAGACCCAUGGCCCCCACGCCAUUCCCCCACGAGACCCAUGCCCCCACAAGACCCAUGCCCCCCACGACCAUGGACAGGGUCAUCAUAACUCAGUGGCCCUAG